GGCGCUGGGCGGGAGCCGCGAGGGACGGGGCAGCUGCUCCCGCACGCAGAGACAUAGCCCAGCAGAAGGGCUGCUCUGUCCUGUUGCAGAGCUGCUGUCAGGUCCCAGGAAAUCAGAGGGGACCACAUUCUAACCAGGCAGCACGGUUUUUAGGGUCAAGGGCAAGGACUUUGAUCUGAAGCAGAGGGUGACAAGCUGCUUUGUCUCUGAACCUAUCAUGGAACAGGAUAUCCAUAGCGAUGGAUUUAACCAGAUGGAGCGCAUGCUAUUGUUUGCUUUCCUGGAGGAGUCCUCUGGUUGUGAGUUUAAAGAGCAGCUGCCAUCCCUCCGAAGCCAGGGGAUUGUGUAUCCUCUGCAAGACAUCCUCUACUGUGACGGUGAUGGCGAGCUUCAGACCGAUGGGAAUCGAAGUGGCCACUUUCAGAAUGGUGAGCAAGUGUUUGAUCCUGAGGCAAAUGAAGAAAUUGUGCGGACCAUUGCUGCUCAGCUUGCUGAGAUUGGAGACCAGCUGGAUAAAGAAAUCAAAGCAAAAGUAGUAAAUGAUCUAGUGCAACACUUCCUGAAUGAGAAUCUGUCUAGAGAGGAGAUAACCCGGUGCCUGUCACAGGCCGUGGAAGUGCUUGCGAGAGCCAUCCCCUCAGACCUGGAACGAGAGAAGGCCAUGCUGGUGCUGGCAAUGGUCUUAACUAAGAAAGUGGCAAAUAAGGUGCCCUUCCUUCUACAGCGUGUCUUCAGCACCACUGUGAACUACAUCAGCCAACACUUCCACGGCUAUGUUGCCAGAAUGCUGCGCGAGUGAGAGAUCUCCAGCCCUUGGUGUGUGGAGAGUGGGUUCCUGAAGACUUUAACAUCUGGAUUUGCUCAAAUUACUUCUGUUCUUCACUUGUGAAAUACAGCUGUGAAAGGGAAGGCAGAGCUUUGUAGAUAGGCUUUUGUAGACUAGCAAGGCAAUGAUGGUAGUGUGAGCUGCAUGACAGGUCUGCCAGUACCUGUAAGGUAGAGUGCUUACCCUUGUCUAUUUCACCAGCUUGGGCUUUUUCUUCUCCUUUUCUUCCCCUGUCCCUGUUGGUAGCAGAUGUAGUGCAGGGAGGGUGCAGUGGGCACCGAGCCAUCUCUCCCUGUGUUUCUCCACACCAGCUGAUAGGUUCUGCAGGCUUUUGUGCUGCAGCUGGGCCCUGCCACGUGUGAGCCCUUCCCAGGAAGGCAGCGAGCUGUAGAAGGGGUGGUUUCUCAGCAUGGCCCCCCACGGCCUGCGUGGGGGGGAUCAGCUCCAUCUUAGAGAGGUGCUGGCAGCAAGCAGCCUUUACCAAAGUAGGGGUGCCUGGCCAAGGAAGGCUAAAGCGAAGGUGCUACAUAAUCUACAUCAAUCCAUGGUUGCUUGAGAAAUCAAAACAAACUUUAGGUACAAGGGUGAAUUGUUGUGGGGAAUGCAAUCUGGCUAUGCUGGAGGAAAGGUAGUCUUUAGCUUUAGUGCAGCUUGCCAUAAAGAGAGAGAAGGUAACAACCACCCAUCUGGCAGCGUACCUGGCGCCUCUUGUCAGCAAGCUCUUGUGCUUGUGUCUCAGGUUCAGCUAACAAAUGUGGACUCAGGGUCUUUGAUACUUGUUUCAAUCACACACAAGGCGGCUGAGGUUUUGCCAGUGAUUCAGCUGCCCCUGAAGAAAGUAUGUAAAUACUUUAGUGGUUUUGCUCAUUGUUUUUUUAAAUAAAAAUUGUCUGUUCUCAUGGCA